AAAUAAUUGAGUGCAAAAAGUAGAAUGUACUAAUAUAAUGUUCCCCAAAUAGCGCAGCCAAUAUGUAAGUUUAUAUAUAUAUAUUAUACGCUAUAUAGAUUUCCAAGUAUAUUUUUAUAAUAGUUAUUUUAUAGCCUUAAUAUACAUUUACACCUUCACUUAUUGAUAUGUAUUAUUACAAACACAAUUAUUUAUUUAUUUAUAUAGGCCCUAGCAAAUGCCCACUAUUAGUACAUUUCCACCACCACAUCAGGAUGUUGAUUGGUUUUACUUAGAUGAAGAUGGAAAAUGGAAAAUAUUUGAUUGGAGAAGAUGCAAUCUGUUAGAGAAUAUGUUACAUUAUUGUAAUUAAGGAGAGUUUCAAAUUAUAUUUAAAGAUAUGUAGUUUAUAGUGGAUUAUGAUCAUAUGGUCAUGCAUCAUUAAAUUAGUUAUUAUAAAAUUAGGAGAGAAACAUCUAUAGUGUCUAGAUAAAUAAAAAUAUAAUAAGGAAAAUGGUCUUAUUAUAAUGGAUAGACAUGGAUUCAAUAUGAAAAAGUGAUAUAAAAUUAAUUAGAAGAUCUAAUGGUGAAAGGAGAAGUAAUAUCAACAUUUAUAAAAGUCACUAAUAAUUAUGUAUGUCAAUAACAAACAAUAUGUUUUUGAUUUAGAGUAAAAUGUUUAGGUUGAACCAAUAGAUGAUAAAGGAUUAAAUAAGAGAAAAAUAAUUACAAGACAAUGGAUGAAUACACAUUAAUUAUAGGAGUUCUGUAAAAUAAGAAAAUAAUAGGAAUUAACAUACAUAAGAGAAAGAAAAGCUUUGGAAGAUUAUAUGAAAUUGCAUUAGAAUCGUAAGAAAAUAAGUGGAUCUAAGAAAACUAAUAGAUUAGGAGAUUUAGGAAUAUCUCCAGAUUUAGAAAAGUAAGAAAAGAAAUAAUAAUAAUAAUUAUUAUAAUAAUAACAUUAAUAGUAAUAGCAUAAUAAACAAAAGGAUGAAUGUUUUAAAAUGAUUGAACAUUAAAAAUAACCUGAUCCUAAAUAAUUAGAAGAAUGGAAUUUAUUAAUAGAAAAAAUGAAAGAAGAAAAUGCUGAAAAUAAUAAUCCAUGA